AUGGCACCCAUGACUAGACCACAAGGCAUCUUUCACAGAUCGUCACCGUCCAACGUAUCAUCACAUGAAGAUGAUAACCUGGCUCGCGUGUUCGUCGGUCGAGGCGAGAAGAUGAAGGAGUUCCGCGUCAAUAAACAGAAGCUCAGCAACGCUGCUCCCUUCUUCGAAGACCGGCUGGAUGCUACACCAGCCGGCGUCAAGGUGACGCCCAACCAGACCCCAGUGCCGGUGUGGUUGCCGCAACAAAAAUCGACCAUCCGCCUACCAAACGAGUCUGCCUCCAUGUUCGAGCUCUUCGUAGUAUGGCUACACCAAGGGGACAGCUUCCGCAGGCACCUCGAUGAGAUGAUUACUCUUGUCAGUGAUGCGCCUGGCGUCCCCUGCCAACGACUUCACUGGGCUCUGGUCCGCCUCCACAUUUUUGCUGCCCGGCUCGACCUCCACCACCUGCAAGACCUUGCGAUUGAUGCCUUGCAAGACAUUUACCUCCGCUGCGACUGGGACGUUACUCCUCGGUUCGUUGAGUACGUGUACGGCCAAUGCGAUGCCGAGUCUGCGAUGCGGAUUCGGCGGUGGACCGUGGCGAUGGUGGCCUGGUCCGGUGCGGGAGGCUCAUCGUCAACCGUAAAGGACGAUGGCGGGCUUGAGAGGUUUCAGGACAUGUUUGAACGCUUCCCCGAUUUUGCUACCGAAUUCACCUCGCACCUCUGCAAGAUGAAGUCGAGCAAGCUGGACACCCGUAUCAAGAAUCCUCAACUACGAAUCCCGGCAAACAAGCUCCGUAAUGAAGAGCGCCAGUUCGGUUUCCGGCAAUGCUCGUUCCACAGCCACCGGGCCGCCGUUGGCGAGCGUAGGUGUCCCCACACUACCGCCAGCAGGGAGCUGGAUAACUUCCUGCUGGUACCGUUGGUAAUGGAGGUCGCUCCAGAGCCAAGCCGUGGCCAUUCCCGUCGCGACAUACCACCACCACCACCACACCUCCGCCGAGAGAGGAUGGCUCACACCGCACAGGUGUUCUAA